UCUGUCUGUGAUAACUAUGUAGGACGACAUAACUAGCAAGCUGUGUGAUAGGGAUGUCAGCUGUUGGGAUGGGGGCGCUACAAAUACUACUUCUAACUUACGUACUGCUCGUCAAUUUCACCCACAGUGAGUCCAAGAAAAAUGUCGUCCUUAUAUUUGGUGACGAUGCCGGCUUCCAGAUGGGCGCCUACAACAACACGGCCUGCAAGACGCCAAACUUCGACAAGCUGGCCGCCAGGAGUAUCGUCUUCAAACAUGGCUACACCUCCGUCAGCAGCUGCUCGCCCAGCAGAUCCGUGCUCCUGACAGGGUUGCCCCAACAUCAGAACGGCAUGUACGGCCUUCAGCACGAGCCCCACCACUUCAGCUCCUUGGACGCUGUCCAGAGUUUACCGGUCAUACUGGACACAGCUGGAAUACGCACGGGUAUCAUUGGCAAGAAGCACGUGGCGCCGGACACAGUGUACAAGUUUGACUAUGCCCAGACGGAGGAGAAUAAUGACAUGAACCAGGUGGGGAGGAACAUCACCUACAUGAGGAACUACGUCAGACAGUUCCUCCAGCAGAAGGAUGACAGGCCAUUUUUCCUGUAUCUGGCUUUUCACGACCCUCACCGAUGUAACAACAUUCCCCUGUACGGGCAGUUCUGUGAGAAAUUCGGGAACAGGCAGCCUGGCAUGGGGGUCAUCCCUGACUGGACACCGUCUUACUACAAGCCGGAAGAUGUGGAGGUUCCUUACUUUCUGCCGGACACGCUCACCACCAGGCAGGACCUGGCGAAUAUGUACACUACGUACAGCAGGAUGGACCAAGGUAUUGGGUUGUUUUUGGGCGAGUUGGAAGCCGCAGGUCACAUGAACGACACUCUCAUCCUCUACACGGCAGACAACGGUAUUCCCUUCCCUGGCGCCAAGACCAACCUGUAUGACCCGGGGCAGGGGGAGCCUAUGAUGAUCUCAUCGCCUCUACACAAGGAGUCUUGGGGCACAGUAUCUGACGCCCUCGGUAGCACUAUGGACUUUACGCCAACGAUACUCGACUGGUUUGGCGUGAACUACCCUCAGUACAACAUGCUGGGCAGGAAGGUGCAGCUGACCGGCAAGUCCCUCCUCCCAGUGACUGUCAACCCCGACACCACGGCGGAAGACUUCACCUACGUCUUCUCUAGUCAUGACCUGCACGAAGUCACCAUGUACUACCCCAUGAGAGUUCUCCGGACCACGACGUGGAAGCUCAUCCACAAUUUAAACUUUGAAGCUCCGUAUCCGAUCGCCGUCGAUUGCUACCAGUCGCCUUCCUACCUUGAGAUCAUCAACAAGACCAUGGCUGGACAGAAGACAGGUUGGUUCAGAGAUCUAGAGCACUACUACUACAGAGACCAAUGGGAACUGUUCCACCUUGACAGUGACCCUAUGGAACUGAUCAACUUGGCGUACACAUCUGAGUACAGGGAUGUGUUCACCAACAUGCAGAAUACGUUACUCAACUGGCAGAACGUCACAAAUGAUCCCUGGAUCUGUUCCCCGACAGGUGUGUUGGAGAAGGGGAAGUGUAUGACGUUGUUUAAUGGCGCCAAACAGUUCGGGAGGGAGAGGAGGUCCAGUGAGUUUCUUGGAGCAGGAAGUUUGUAGCAUGUCACGAAAGCUGUACUGUCAUCUUGAAAAUUAUGAACGUUAUGACAUUAUCAACUUAAUAGGAUAUAUUUCAAUAAAAAUAGAUGUGGACAUGA